UGGGAGAGAGAGGGAUCCUUUCUCCUGGGCACAGAUUGAUACACACCUGUAGGGAGAGCUGGGACCUCACCUCCUUGGGUCUGGGCUGGGCACUGGGGUCCAGCUGGGGGCAACCGAGAGCCACGGGUCCAGCCCCGCCCCUGCACCGCCGGGUCGCCCCGCCCUGCCCCGCGGGCCCCAAUGCCCAGCCACUGCCCGACGCCCAUCGGCCUUUCCGCCUCACUCAGCCGCGCCGUGGAGUCGGACGGCCACAGGUCAUGGAUCGGACAGCAGGCAAGGAGCUCGCCCUGGCGCCGGUGCAAGACUGGGGCGAGGAGGCCGAGGACGGAGCCGUGUACAGCGUCUCCCUGCGUCGGCAGCUCAGUCAGCGCUUGAGCCCGAGGGCAGGGCCCGGGGGCAGCCAGGCCUCCAACCCCGCUGCGGAUGCCUUCCUCCAUUACCGUACGAGCAAGGUGCGGGCGCUGAGGGCGGCGAGGCUGGAGCGGCUGGUGCAGGAAUUGGUGUCUGGGGACCUCGAGCAGGACCCGGGCUUCGUGCCUGCCUUCUUGGCCACCCACAGAGCCUUUGCGUCCACCGCCCGCGUGCUGGGCCUUCUCCUGCCACCACCGCCACCGCCCCUGCCUCCAGGGACAGAGAUCAAGAAGACAGAGGGAGGAGGUCUGCGUGUCAACAAGAAUUUAAGGGCUGUGGUGUCCGUGCUGGGCUCCUGGCUGCGGGAUCACCCUCAGGAUUUCCGGGAUCCCCCUGCCCACUCGGACCUAGGCAGUGUCCGCACCUUUCUGGGCUGGGCGGCCCCAGCAGGGCCCGAGGCCCAGGAGGCAGAGAAGCUGCUGGGAGCUUUCCUGGAGGAGGCUGAGCAAAAGCAGGAAGAGGAGGAGAAGCCUGAGGCAUGGACAGGACCUCCUGGAGCUGUCCACUCCCCCCGCCCAGACUCCCCCGAUGACUGCUCUGAAGCGGAAGCGGAGGCAGGACCCGUGCGGGAAGGCCCUGAGCUCCUAGACUUUAGUGUAGAUGAACUGGCCGAACAGCUCACGCUGUUGGACGUGGAGCUGUUUGCACGCGUGCGUACCUGCGAGUGCCUGGGCUCCGUGUGGUCCCAGCGGGACCGUCCAGGGGCCUCGAGCACCGCCCCCACGGUGCGCGCCACUGUGACCCAGUUCAACAUGGUGAUUGGUUGCGUGCUGGGGUCCGUGCUGGGAGAGCAGGGCCUGGCCGCCCCGCAGAGGGCACAGCGGCUGGAGAAGUGGAUCCGUGUGGCCCAGCGCUGCCGGGAACUGCGCAACUUCUCCUCGCUGCGCGCGAUACUGUCCGCUCUGCAGUCUAACCCCAUAUACCGGCUCAAGCGCAGCUGGGGCGCCGUCAGCAGGGAAAGGUUAUCCACUUUCAGAAAACUUUCGCAGAUUUUCUCCGAUGAGAACAACCACCUCAGUAGUAGAGAGAUUCUUUCCCAGGAGGAGGCCACCGAGGGCCCCCAAGAGGAGGACACCCUCCCAGGAAACCUGCCCCCAAAACUGCCCCCGGGCCCUGUCCCCUACCUUGGCACCUUUCUCACGGACCUGGUUAUGCUGGACACAGCCCUGCCGGACAUGCUGGAGGGGGAUCUCAUCAACUUUGAGAAGAGGAGGAAGGAGUGGGAGAUCCUGGCCCACAUCCAGCAGCUGCAGAAACGGUGUGGGAGCUACUGCCUGAGUCCCCGCGCCCCAGUCCUGGCUGCCCUGCGUGCCCAGUGCCAGCUCAGCGAGGAGCAGAGCUAUCGGGUCUCCCGUGUCAUUGAGCCACCUGCUGCCUCCUGUCCCAGCUCCCCACACGUCCGGCGGCGAAUCAGCCCCACCAAGCGUCUCAGCGCAAAGCUGUCCCGAGAGAGGCGCUCAUCCCCUGCUGGGAGUCCUGGGGACCCGUCAUCCCCCACCCCUAGUCUGUCCCCAGGGUCCCCCCCAUCUAGUCCUAGAACCAGAGACCCUCCUGGCAGUCCCCCGGCCUCUCCAGGGCCCCAGGGCCCCAACACCAAGCUGCCCUUGAGCCUGGACCUGCCGGCCCUGCGGCUCUUGGCUUUGCCCCUGAGCAGCUCUCACAUCUCUGUACCGGGGCAACCAGGAUCGGAGGCUCGAGUCAUCCGUGUCAGCAUUGACAAUGACCAUGGGAACCUCUAUCGGAGCAUCUUGCUCACUAGUCAGGACAAGGCCCCCAGCGUGGUGCAGCGAGCCCUGGAAAAGCACAAUGUGGCUCAGCCCUGGGCUCGGGACUACCAGCUCUUCCAAGUCCUUCCUGGGGACAGGGAGCUCCUGAUUCCUGACAAUGCCAAUGUCUUCUAUGCAAUGAGUCCAGCUGCCCCUGGAGACUUUGUGCUGCGGCGAAAGGAGGGGGCCCGGCCCACAACCACAAUCUCCUCAUCCUGAGGGGACCCCCUUCUCCCUCUAGGUCACAGGCCCCAGGGGCAGGUUGGGGGUUAUCUUCCCUUACCAUGGAAGUGGGGAGAGGGUUCCUCUCCUAGAGAAGUCCCAUUCUCCAGUAAAGCCCAUUGCGUUCUGUACCCCAUGACCCCCCACCUCCAAUUUUAGCCCUUUGGACACCCUCUCUCUGACCCUCUUGGCACCAGAUCCUUAUUCCAGAGCCAUGAGCUCACGGGUGGGCUGUGAGAAGCUUCAUCCCAUAAACAUAGAAAGCUUGUAGGGUGCUGGGGGUGGGGAGCAGACCCUUCCCUAGAGAAAUCUUGUAACUGGCAGAGACACAUCAGAACUGACAGAAGUGGAUGAAAAUAGGGGCCAAAGUUAUGAAACAGGUCUGUCUUGUCUGUUCUGAGCCUAGGCCUUGUGUUCUCUAUCAUGACAGAAAUUAAAAAACCAAAAACAAAAACAAAAAAAUCUAAGAGCCUUCUGAAAGGGUUUGGGUGAGACAUGACCAGAGGCGAGGGGGUGGGGCGGGGGGGGGUACUUAUCACACACGCAGAGGUUGCCUAUCACACACAGAGGUUGGGACUCCCCAGCAUUUGGGGGCCACUAUCCUUCUUUUCUGCCACACAUAUGGGUGAGUGGAGAAAUGAAAAUCCAUUGAGAUCGGAGUCAAAUACCAUCAUCACCCAUUAGUCAACAGGAUGUGGGGACAAAAGAGGAGCGGUACACCGUCCCCCUGUACUGGGGGAAGGAGAGGAAACGGAGAAGGCAGAGACAAAGGGAGCCAUAGGGUCAACUGCGACACAGUCGUAACUGUCAACAACCACCAUCCUAACAAUAAUGUGUUCACUGAGGAACUUCUCUGUGCCGAAUGUCAACUAGGGGCUUUGGGUUCUUUGUGCUUCAGGUGUUCAAAAAUCCAGUCCAAGCAGAUGUGCAAAAAAGGAAACUAAUGGCUCGUAUAAAUGAGAAGUUUGGUGGGUCCAGCUUCAAUCACAAUUGGAUUCAGGGAGGCAAAAAUUGUCAUUGGGAUUUUGUUGCUGUCUCUGGGCCCUGAUUUGCUCUGAGAAUGAGACUGUCCACCCUCCACCCCCCCCACCCCGCACUCCACCAAAUCCAAUCACCCUCUGUGGCAACAGAACAACCUAAUUUUUAGCUGGUCACCCAAAGUAGAAAACACAUUUCCAGUCUACCUUGUGGCAAAAUGUAGUCAUGUGACUAAGUCUUGACCAAUGGGAUGUAGGUAAAUUCUUUUUCUCCCAGUAACUUCGGAUAAAGUCCCAGGACCGAGGCUCAUUGGAUCCAUUUAGGUCACAUGCCCACCCCCAGCCAAUCACGGUGCUGCGGGAAAUGCAGUGUUCUGACUGGCUAGUCUAGGGAGGGCAGGCACCAAUAUCCAGCCCUGCUCCAGGCAGGUACCACAGAUGUGAUGUUUACCCUAGUUUGAGAAGCUCAGCUCAAGCAAAUAGCUUUCACCAUGUGUAAAUAUAAUUACUUUCCAGAUUAUUAAAAGAACAGCACGUUCCUUAUAAAAUAAAAAUCUCCAGACUUAGGUGGUUGGACGACUACCUUCAGCUCAGGUCUUGGUCCUGGAGUCCUAGAAUCAAGUCCCUCAUUGAGCUCCAGGCUCCUUGGGUAGUCUGCUUUUCCCUCUGAACUUCUCCCCUCU